AUGGAAUCUGAAGCUGUUAUUGUUGGCCUUUGGGGCAUGGGCGGCGUUGGUAAGACAACUCUUGCGACUGCAGUUUUCAAUAGAUUGUGUGAUGGAUUUGAAGGAUUUUGCUUUUUGAACAAUGUAAGAGAAAGAGCUGAGAAAUAUGGUAUAGAUCAUUUGAAGACAGAACUUCUUUCCAAACUGCUAAAGGAAGAAGAUGCAAGUCCCUUUGUCACGCCUGGUGGGAUAACUAAUUUUGCCAAGAAAAGACUUAGUCGAACAAAGGUUCUUGUUGUUCUUGAUGAUGUCAAUGAUUCAGAUCAAAUGGAAGAUUUAUCUGGAGGACAUACAUGGUUUGAGGCAAGUAGCAGAAUCAUAGUGACAACAAGAGAUAAGUAUGUUCUUGCUACAGCUGAUGCAGAUCAUAUACAUGAAGUUAAGACAUUGAAUCCUGAUGAAUCUCUUUGGCUUUUCAACUUGAAUGCCUUUAAGCAAAACUGCGUUAUAAAAGCAUAA